AACUCCACGUAGGUUGGGAACUCCACGUAGGCUAAUGCGCCGGUUGGCUAGAAAAAUUUCUCUCAAGAAAGAGAGAAGAAAAGCAAAUUCCGGAGUCCACCUACACCUACUAAGCAGCUACCUAGCGACCAAGUCCCUCCAGUCCUGCCCAAGUCCUCCCUACUUUAUUCUUAUCCUUCUCCAAUCCCACCGACUCUCUCUCUCUCCCCUCUAGCAUCUUGUUCGUUUUCUGACUCUCUCGCUCCUCUCAUUCACACCCAAUUCCAAUUAUCCUUCUCCACACAUGGAACCCGUGCCACAGCAACAGCAGCAAUCAGCAGGAGGGCCCCGCUUCACUCUGCUGAAGCAGUCGUCGCUGGCGCCGGACCGGGACGACUCGGUGACGCCCGAGCCGGUUGACCCGCGGGUGCGGCUCAUGUACAUGGCCAACGAGGGCGACUUGGACGCCAUUCGAGAGCUCAUCGACUCCGGCACCAAUGUCAAUUUCACUGACAUCGACGGCCGCACCGCCCUCCACGUCGCCGCUUGCCAGGGCCAAACCGACGUCGUCCAGCUCUUGCUCCAAAGAGGCGCCGUGGUCGACCCGCGUGACUGUUGGGGCAGCACGCCUCUUGCAGAUGCAAUUUAUUACAAAAACGAUGAUGUGAUCAAACUUUUGGAGGAUUACGGUGCUAAACCUCCGAUGGCUCCAAUGCAUGUCCAGAACUCACGGGAAGUCCCCGAAUACGAGAUUAAUCCUAAUGAGCUUGAUUUCUCCAAUAGUGUCGAGAUAACCAAGGGAACCUAUCGUAUUGCAUCGUGGCGUGGAAUUCAAGUUGCAGUUAAAACGCUUGGGGAGAAAGUAUUUGCUGAUGAAGAUAAAGUAAAUGCAUUCAGGGAUGAGCUUUCUCUACUUCAGAAGAUACGGCAUCCAAACGUUGUCCAAUUUUUGGGUGCUGUAACACAAAGCAGUCCAAUGAUGAUUGUCAUAGAAUAUCUAUCCAAGGGAGAUUUUCGUGCGUAUCUUAAAAGGAAAGGUGCAUUAAAACCACCAUCAGCAUUAAAGUUUUCACUCGACAUUGCUAGGGGGAUGAAUUACUUGCAUGAGCAUAAACCUGAAGCAAUAAUUCAUCGAGACCUGGAGCCCUCAAACAUAUUGCGGGAUGAUUCGGGCCAUCUGAAAGUUGCAGACUUUGGGGUGAGCAAGCUACUGAAAGUUGCAAAUACAGUUAAAGAAGACAGACCUGUGACAAGUCAAGACACUUGGAGAUAUGUGGCUCCAGAGGUUUACAGAAAUGAAGAAUAUGAUACUAAAGUGGAUGUUUUUUCGUUUGCUUUGAUCUUGCAAGAGAUGAUUGAAGGUUGCAUACCAUUUUCUACAAAGCCAGAAACAGAAGUUCCUAAAGCAUAUGUUGCAAAUGAGCGCCCACCAUUUAGAGCGCCACCAAAGCAUUAUGCACACGGAUUGAAGGAGUUAAUCGAGGAGUGUUGGAGUGAGGACCCAUUCAAGAGACCAUCAUUCAAGCAAAUAAUUAAGAGGUUGGAUGACAUUAAUAACCAGUUUGCUCAAAAAAGAUGCUGGAAGGUCACGCCACUUACAUGUCUCCAGAAUCUCGAGUCCAUGGUGAAGAAAGAUCGGACGAGUCCAAGCAGCCGUUCAUCUUCCUGCUCUACAAUGAGAUGAGCUACUACAGCCGUAUUUCGUGUAGGCAUUAAGCUCUUUUUUGCCCCAAACAGUUCAAACUUUUUUCGACAGAGUAGUUGUGAGAUAGUUUACCUUUCAUAGGAUUUCAGUUUCUUAGGCGGACCAAGAGACGCUGUUACACUUCCCUAUUCUUGCUUAAAACAUUUGUAGAUUUUCUCCGAACCGGAACAUUUCUUUCUUUUUUUCCUUGUUAUAAACAAUCAUAAUGAAAUCUCCAUAUUUUGUUU